AUGCUACCUAUUUUAAUACUACUGUUAGUAUCCCAUAACUCACAGGUCGAAUCAUCUAAUCCACCUCUGCCUUUGUUCAACCUGACAAGCGCUUUUAAAAAGGGGGAAGUGGAUUACUUACAUGCUACUCAUGUGAGGAUUGUCCAACUGUCACUAAUACGACCAAAAAAGAAAAAGGUUGUCCAGCUUGCGCGAAAGCCGUUAAAACCACUCCACCAGUGCAGGUAG